AUGCUGAACUUCUGGGCGGCCCCCAACUGCACGCGGAAGAGCACUCAGUCGGAUCUGGCCUUCUUCAGGUUCCCGAGGGAUCCAGCCAGAUGCCAGAAGUGGGUGGAAAAUUGUAGAAGAGCAGACUUAGAAGAUAAAACACCUGAUCAACUAAAUAAACAUUAUCGAUUAUGUGCCAAACACUUUGAGACCUCUAUGAUCUGUAGAACUAUACAUUUUAGGACAGUUCUUCGAGAUAAUGCAAUACCAACAAUAUUUGAUCUUCCCAGUCAUUUGAACAAUCCACAUAGUAGACACAGAAAACGAAUAAAAGAAUUGAGUGAAGAUGAAAUCAGGACACUGAAACAGAAAAAAAUUGACGAAACUUCUGAACAGGAACAAAAACAUAAAGAGAUCAACAACAGCAAUGCUCAGAACUCCAAUACAGAAGGGGGUGAAGAACAGGAUGAAGACAUUUUACCUUUAACCCUUGAGGAGAAGGAAAACAAAGAAUACUUAAAAUCUUUAUUUGAAAUUUUGAUUCUUAUGGGAAAACAAAACAUACCUCUAGAUGUACAUGAAGCUGAUGAAAUCCCAGAAGGUCUCUUUACUCCUGAUAACUUUCAGGCACCGUUGGAGUGCCGGAUAAAUUCUGGUGAAGAGGUUCUGAGAAAGCGCUUUGAGACAACAGCAGUCAACACACUGUUCUGUUCAAAAGCACAGCAGAAACAGAUGCUGGAGAUCUGUGAGAGCUGCAUUCGGGAAGAAACGCUCAGGGAAGUGAGAGACUCUCACUUCUUUUCGAUUAUCACUGAUGACCUAGUGGACAUAGCAGGGGAAGAGCACCUGCCCCUGUUGUUUGUUGACGAAGCUCAUAACCUGAGAGAGGAAUUUGUGGGUUAAGAGCCUUAUGGAGCUGAUGCCGAAAUUUUGGCUAUGAAAUUUCACACUAUGAUAACUGAGAAGUGGGGAUUAAACAUGGAAUAUUGUCGUGGCCAGGCUUACAUUGUGUCCAGUGGAUUUUCUUCCAAAAUGAAAGUUGUUGCUUCUAGACUUUUGGAGAAAUAUCCCCAAGCUGUCUACACACUCUGCUCUUCCUGUGCCUUAAAUAUGUGGUUGGCAAAAUCGGUGCCUGUUAUGGGAGUGUCUGUUGCAUUAGGAACAAUUGAGGAAGUUUGUUCUUUUUUCCAUCGAUCACCACAACUGCUUUUAGAGCUUGACAAUGUAAUUUCUGUCCUCAUUCAGAACAAUGAAGAAAGGGGUAAAGAACUGAAGGAAAUUUGCCAUUCUCAGUGGACAGGCAGGCAUGAUGCUUUUGAAAUUUUAGUGGACCUCCUACAAGCACUUGUUUUAUGUUUAGAUGAUAUAAAUAAUGAUACAAAUAUUAGAUGGAAUAACUGUAUAGAGGGCUGAGCAUUUGUACUCUGUAGUGCAGUAACAGAUUUUGAUUUCGUUGUUACCAUUGUCAUUCUUAAAAAUGUACUAUCUUUUACAAGAGCCUUUGGGAAAAAUCUCCAGGGUCAGACCUCUGAUGUCUUCUUUGCAGCCAGUAGCUUGACUGCGGUGCUGCAUUCACUAAAUGAAGUGAUGGAAAAUAUUGAAGUUUAUCAUGAAUUUUGGUUUGAGGAAGCCACCAAUUUGGCAACCAAACGUGAUAUUCAGAUUAAGCUCCCUGGGAAACUCCGCAGAGCUCAGCAAGGGAACCUGGAAUCAAAGCUGACCUCUGAGAGUUACUCAUCUCAAAGCUCUUAA